AUGGGUUGCGGAAUGAGCACAGAGGAGAAGGAGGGCAAGCAGAGGAACGAGGAGAUUGAGAACCAGCUCAAGCGCGACAAGAUGAUGCAGCGCAACGAGAUCAAGAUGCUGCUCCUCGGAGCCGGAGAGUCCGGAAAGUCGACUAUCCUCAAGCAGAUGAAGCUCAUCCACGAGGGCGGAUACUCACGCGACGAGCGCGAGUCGUUCAAGGAGAUCAUCUUCAGCAACACCGUCCAGUCGAUGCGCGUCAUCCUCGAGGCCAUGGAGUCGCUCGAGCUGCCGCUCGACGACCAACGUGCCGAAUACCACGUCCAGACCAUCUUCAUGCAGCCGGCACAGAUUGAGGGCGACAGCCUGCCCCCGGAGGUUGGAAACGCCAUCUCAGUCCUGUGGAAGGACGCCGGUGUCCAACAGUGCUUCCAGCGCUCGCGCGAGUACCAGCUCAACGACUCCGCUAAAUACUACUUCGACUCCAUCGACCGUAUCGCUGCGCCCGACUACAUUCCCAACGACCAGGACGUGCUCCGAUCGCGUGUCAAGACGACUGGUAUCACCGAAACUACCUUCAUCAUCGGCGAUCUUACUUACCGCAUGUUCGAUGUCGGUGGUCAACGAUCCGAGCGUAAGAAGUGGAUACACUGCUUCGAGAACGUCACCACCAUCCUCUUCCUCGUCGCCAUCUCCGAAUACGACCAGCUGCUGUUCGAGGACGAGACCGUCAACCGUAUGCAAGAAGCCCUCACAUUGUUCGACUCCAUCUGCAACUCGCGGUGGUUCGUCAAGACAUCCAUCAUCCUGUUCCUCAACAAGAUCGAUCGCUUCAAGGAGAAGCUGCCCGUCAGCCCCAUGAAGAACUACUUUCCCGAUUACGAGGGCGGCCCAGACUACGCUGCUGCGUGUGACUACAUCCUGAACCGCUUCGUUUCGCUCAACCAACACGAGACAAAGCAAAUUUACACGCAUUUCACAUGUGCCACAGACACUAUGCAGAUCCGCUUCGUCAUGGCUGCAGUAAACGACAUUAUUAUUCAGGAGAACCUGCGGUUGUGCGGUUUGAUAUAA